UGAAAGAAUAAAACCCUUUACCCAACACUGAAUAAAAACUUUCAAGCUGGGAUGGCUCUUGCAAGUUCUUCAGCUUAAAGUGCAGUGAAAAAGAAGAGGAAUUAAAUUCAAACAUAUCCUGGACCACAACACAGAUACCAUGACUUCCUCAACAAACCUAACAUACAUAUAUGAAGAUUUGAUUGGCACCAUAUGCAUGGAGAGUUAUUUACUUUCAGGGAUCAUGUGUUUGCCAUUGGCGUUAUUAGCAGUUAAUUUCUGGAUGUUGUGCUUGGUCUACAUUUCUGCUUUUAUUGCUGUGUUCUUUGAUAAGAUGACUGUAUUAAAGGGAACUUACCCUGACAUGUGCCGUUUGACGUUGGGAUAUCUCUGGGACAUCUUUGGAAGAAUAUGGCAUGGUUAUGAACUACAUGGGAUCGAAAACCUACCGGAAGGACCAGGGCUGAUUAUUUAUUAUCAUGGAGGAAUUGCUUUAGAUUACAUAUUAUUUAUAUCAAGGCUCUAUCUCAUGAAGGAGAGGUUUUGUCACUCAGUGGUUGAUCGAGUUGUCCUUAAAUUCCCAGGCUGUCAAAAACUUUUCGAGAAAUUAUGUAUGGACAUUGGUACAAAGGAAACUUGUCUUUCAGUUCUCAAACAUAAUUUGUUGGGUAUUUCACCAGGAGGAACACGAGAAGCUCUGUUUAGUGAUGAAAAUUAUACGCUUAUCUGGGCUAAACGUAAAGGUUUUGCUCAGGUUGCCAUAGAUGCAAAAGUGCCCAUAAUCCCUGUGUUUACACAGAAUAAUCGUGAAGGAUACAGGACACUUGGAAAAUUAUCAGCAGUGCAAAAAUUGUAUGAAAAAUACCGAAUUCCAGCGUUUCCUAUAUAUGGUGGGUUUCCAGUCAAAUGGAACACAUACAUUGGAGAGCCCAUUCCAUAUGAUCCAAAUACAACUGCUGAAGAGCUGGCCAAAAAGACAAAGAAUGCCUUACAGACUUUAAUAGACAAACACCAAAAACAACCAGGCUGCAUCGGAAGAGCACUGCUGGAAAGAUUUUAUAACCACAGCAGGAAGGACAAAUUAACCUGAAUAUACUAUAUAAAUAUAGUCUGUUGCUUUCUUGUAAGGCUUAUUCUCAUUUCUGCUGUAGUGUUGUAACUCUGCUGCUUUGGAUAACUGGUUUAAAUUGUAACACUUUGAUGGCGAUGUAUCUUCUACUAUUUAUACCUGAGCUGAUUUGGAAUAGCUACUUUUAGGCAGGAUCUACACCACCGCUUUAAAAUGUUUUAUAACAGUAGUGACAACUGUUGGGCCCCAGCACACACUCCAUAUAGAGUUUUCAAGCUGUUUUCAAAGUGUCAUAUCCUGCUUGGUGUAGAUCUGGCCAUAGUCAAAGCUUUGUUAGCUAAAUGUGGAUAUUUUUGCAGUGAUUGUUCUUGUUUGUGAAAGGAAGACUUUUCACAACAUUAGCAAAAUUUUAGUUGCUCUCUUAACUUGCUAACGUAGCAUAUAAAUGGAUUUGUUCCUGUGA